GAUGUCUUCCAGGGAUAUCUACUGAACCAGAAGUGCAGGUCGUGUCCCGUCCUCUGCAUCUCUUGCAACGAAAAUAAUUUAUGAAGCGCCGUCGAAGCUAAAAAAAAGGGGGCCGUAUUUAAUGUUAGUGGUGAUAUUUCCAUCGUUUCAGUUUAACUGUAGAAGCAAGCAAAGUGUGUGUCAGAGGAUAAAACUAAUAUUUGUGUAACCGCUGUCACUGGUGGCUGCUGUUGACAAGACUAAAGUUCAUCUAUGCAGGGCUAAACAACAUCUAAGUGGCUGACUUUCAAUGGCACCCCAUCCAAAAACACCAACAGAUCCUCACUGCUGUCUCAAUAAUGAACUGCGGAAAGCCUCAAGCUCUGACUGAAGAAUGGCCAGGUUUAGGCGCAAAUCUUGCAUCACAUUAAUCGCUUUGGUGUUGCUUGUACUUAUUAUAACAGUGGUAUUAAAAUCACUCACACCAGAGGACUCUGCAUUCAGCAGCCCUGUUGGCAUCGAGCUGUUUCCGGACCAAAAGAAUGACAAUCAGAUCCAGAGAGACAAAAAGGCGGAUAAUAAACCGGACCAGACUAAAAUGAAUGACUCCGCUCAGUCAGACAAAGAUAGAGAACUGGAGGCCACACUGAGGAAGUUCCCUCCUCCCAACUACUAUCUCCAUGCCUUCUACUACACAUGGUAUGGAAACCCCAAGUUUGAUGGCAAAUACAUCCACUGGGACCACCCACAGCUGCCACACUGGGACUUCAAGGUGGCAAAGGGGUAUCCACAAGGGAGACACAUCCCACCUGAUGACGUUGGGUCCAACUUCUAUCCAGCUUUAGGGGCAUACAGUUCCAAAGAUCCCUCCGUUAUAGAGGCUCAUAUGCAGCAGCUGCGCACAGCAGCCAUUGGUGUCCUUGCUGUUUCGUGGUACCCUCCUAACACGAAGGAUGACAAUGGUGAGCCAACAGAUGACAUUGUGCCUUUGCUGCUGGAAGUGGCACAUAAAUACUAUAUUAAGGUAGCUUUCCACAUUGAACCAUACAAAGGAAGAGAUGAAGUCAAUAUGUACGCUAAUGUCAAAUACAUCAUUGAAAAAUACGGAGAGCACCCUGCCUUCUUCAAGUACAGGACAAACAACGGCAAGCUUCUUCCACUCUUCUACGUGUACGACUCCUAUCUGAUGAACUCAGAGCAAUGGGCCAAACUGCUGAAACACACAGAGAGUAACAGCAUCAGGGAUACACCGUAUGACGCCAUCUUCAUCGCCCUGCUGGUUGAGGAGAAACAUAAGAGAGAUAUCCUGACUGCAGGGUUUGACGGUAUCUAUACCUACUUUGCUACUAACGGGUUUUCCUAUGGGUCCACUCAGCGGAACUGGGACUCUCUUAAAGCUUUCUGCGAAGAUAAUAACCUGAUAUUCAUUCCAAGUGUGGGUCCGGGCUACAUCGACACAAGCGUUCGACCCUGGAACUUCCAAAACACUCGAAACCGCAUCAACGGGAAAUAUUACGAGACCUCACUGAGUGCUGCAUUAGAAGCCAGACCUGAUUUUAUCUCUAUAACAUCUUUUAAUGAAUGGCACGAGGGGACUCAAAUUGAAACGGCUAUUCCCAAAUCAAGCCAAACUGUUUAUCUGGACUACCUGCCCAAUAAACCAACCAUUUACCUGGAGAUUACUCGCAAAUGGGCUGCCAUAUUUGGUGGUGAGCGCAGAAGAUGGCAGGAAUGAUCUGACAAAGAGCCGUUUAGUGUUGAUACUGUAAUUGGUGUUAUAACUAAUAAUAAAUUAAUGAAGUUUUAGCCACAGAAUGGACAACAACCUGCAAAGGAUGAAUAAUUGUAUGAGAAAAGCCACAGGCAAGUCAACUACUUCAUUACUGUAUCUUAAUUUUGUCUCUGGUUAUUUUUUUACACUUAGGUGCAUUAUUGUUAAUUUAACUGAUGUCCUAUUACUUCUUGUUCGCACAGCCUGGAUUAAUGACAUAAUCAGCAUGUUUUAUCACUGUUACAGAUUUCAGCUCCCCUCCAACUGAAGCUGUGUCAUAUGUGGAAUGUUUUGCCUUUCUGUAAUCUGUGACUAUAUUAAACCUCAAUGGAAAUAAAGUACACCCUGGAAAGAAUGGAAAGAAAAUAAAGCAGUCUGACAGUA